AUGCCCUUCGGAUUCCUCAUGAACGAGUCCUGGAUGCUGAAGAAAGCCCUCGAACUCGGCUACUGCAACUACAAAUACAAUCCCAAAACCUAUACAUACCGCGAGCACGGCGACAAAGCUUUCAACGAAAUGAUCGAGAUCAUCGACGCGUCAGGCAUCAUUCCCGGGCUUACGCACACCUGCGUAUGGGUCGGGGAGAACAUGACGAUGGGAUUCUGGGUUAUUCCAGAUGAAAUCGUAAUGAACCCAUACAAGCACGAGAACAUUCACAAUUUGCAGGCGUUUCGGUGUCUUGCUAAUAUUCCGUCUUGGGAGGUUUUGAGGUUUUGGCCGUCUUCGGAGACUGAUCCACUCCCACUGAUGCUGGAGGGUGUGCAUAAAUUGCCAGCGCCGUAUGCUGCUAUGGCGUUGGAAAGCUCGCCUUUCUAUUCAGAGGAUUAA